GAGUGACCAGGCGCCGGAAAGAUUUUCGCUCCACAGCUUAUAUUUAUAGGAAUCGGCCGCUUAAAGGCGUUCUGAAGGGUGCCCAAUCAGAGACUGUGAAGCCUAUCGACGACAAGACUAUCGCGUAGUACGGAAAGUAUCGAAUAAACAACUGUUACCCAAUUAAUUAAUAACAACAGAAGCCCAAGCAAAAUGCUGACCCGCGUGUUCCGCCUGGUUCACGACAGGCGCCUGAGUGUGCCUGUCCUGCGUUGCUUCCACCACGAGUUCUCCAAGCCGCCACCACAGCCAGCGAAGGGCCAGGAAACCGAAGGUGAUCCCGCAAAGACUUUGGUUGCCGGCGUGCAGGACAAGUACAAAAUAUUCCGUGAUGAGGAGGCCACGGAGAUUUUCGAUGUGGAGGAGGCGCGCCAUCAGGAGCAGGAACUGCCAGAGCAGGAACUGGAGCCGGAUCACUAUUACGGCCUAAAUUUAAAGAGAGGCGUUCGCGGAGUGUUUGAUGUUGAGGACUUGGUGGAGCUGCUCCGCAAGGAGAAUGUGGACGACAUAUUCGUCUGCUACGUGCCGGAGAACCUGAAGUAUGUGGACCACCUGGUGGUCUGCAGUGGACGCAGCUACCGACACAUGCUGACCACGGCGGAGUUCGUGCGCCGAAUGUUCAAGAUCAAGCGGACCAAGGGUGACAUUCUGCCACGGAUCGAGGGCGAUAAGAGCCGGGAUUGGAUGGCCAUGGACUUGGGCAAUAUUGCUCUGCACAUAUUUUCACCGAGUGCUCGCGAGGAAUACGAUCUGGAAUCGUUGUGGGCCAUUGGCUCCGAGUUCGACCGCGAAAGCCAAAAAGCGCACAAUCCAUAUGGCGAUAUGUUCAUGGCCCAAACUCCCAUUUCUGUUGUGGACAAUUCUAAACUAAAGACUUAAAAUUGCUUGGCUUUCCUAAUUCAGCAUAAAAUCCGCAUACUGUGCACUGGCGUUCUAUGUGAAUUUAGUUGGCUGCGAUUAGCAACGAAUUCUGGAUUUAAUACACAUGCAAAACGAUCGCUUUCAGCGCGAUCUGAAAAAUGCAAGGUAAUGAAUAAUUAUUUCGGUUAUUCUCGUGUCAUGGCCAAAGAACAAUGCGAUUGCCCAUCUCGAGCUAGUUUCCUAUUGUAAAAUAAGAGUUAUUUUUAUAUACUUCGAUGUUAAUAGCUGAUACUUGCGCUUUGCGCACUUUUCUGUUCGCCUGUUAUCUCAUAUCCAUAUAUGCCAAUACUUGAAAGGAAACUCAUGAGUUCGCAGAGUUAUAGAACAGGCGAAGAGAAAGAUGAUAUAUUAUACGGUUGUCUUUCAAUGUGCUGCAACUGAAACCCAGCAUCCACUUGCUAUUGCAGGUAAACUAGCAAUAUAUAAAUGUAGGCAAUAUAAGACUACUUUUGCUAAUACUUUCUGAAUCGCCUGAAAAGUUGCAGUUAAUUAUUGGUGGCUAAAUGCUGGCGCCACCUAUUUCUGAGGAUCAGUUAUCAAAUUGCCUCAAAUGAGGGCACCUAAAAGUAUGCGCACAGAAGUAUACUAUAAGCAGGGGAAAGCGCUCUCCUGUUUCCAAAAAUAAAUGAAAUCCCAUUUUUAUCCUUGAAA